CAGUUUAGAAAACGAAGCGGUGCAGUUAGUGGUCAUACGCCACGCUAAAAUAUACGUGAACUCAAGGAUGAAUAUUAAGAUUGCCAUCAUUUUGGUGGCAGUGGCCACACAAGUUAUAUGCGCGAAGGAUUCGAGCAAGACAGAAAAGAGCUCGCAGAAUGUCGAAGCGGAAUCAACGGAGAAGAAAACGGAAAAACGUGGACUCCAGCAUAGUUUCGGUGACGGUGGCGAUCUACACGGUGGCGGUGGCGGCGGCGGCGGUGAUGGUGGCAUUGGUUAUGAUGAGCAUGUGAAGACGGUGACGGUUGUAAAGAAAGUGCCGGUACCUUACGAAGUAACGAAGCACGUACCCUAUCUGGUGGAGAAGCACGUACCAUACGAAGUGAAGGUCAACGUGCCGCAGCCCUACACCGUCGAAAAGCAUGUGCCCUAUCCUGUGAAGGUGUUCGUCAAAGUGCCGGUCCACGUGCCACAGCCGUACACCGUCGAGAAGAAGGUGCCGUAUGAAGUGAAGGUGCCGGUGGAUAAGCCUUACGAGGUCAAAGUAUACGUGCCACAGCCCUACACCGUGGAAAAGCACAUACCGGUACCGGUGAAGGUACCGGUACCACAGCCCUACACCGUCGAGAAGCACGUACCCUUCCCGGUGAAGAUAAAGGUGCCGGUUCCGCAACCGUAUGCUGUGGAGAAACCGGUGCCCUACGAGGUGAAGGUACCGGUGGACAAACCGUAUCCAGUUCCUGUGCCGAAACCAUAUCCGGUCACCGUCGAAAAACCAUACCCGGUGCCGGUCGAAAAGCCGAUACCGUACGAAGUGAAGGUGCCAAUCGACAAACCGUACCCGGUACCGGUGGAGAAACCAUAUCCGGUGCCAGUGAAGGUGCCGAUUCCGCAACCGUACCAUGUUCACAAACCAGUACCGGUGCCGGUGGAAAAGCCGGUUCCGGUGCCGGUCAAAGUGCCGGUUGACAAGCCGUACAUCGUCGAGAAGGAGGUUCCGGUUCCGGUCGAGAAAGAAAUACCGGUGCCAGUUAAGGUUCCGGUGCACAUACCGAUUCACAUACCGAAGCACGAUCACGGUGAUCUGGGCGGCGGUGGCGGCGGUUAUGGCGAUGGAGGCGGAUAUGGUGGCGGAUAUGGUGGCGGAUAUGGUGGCGGAUAUGGUGGCGACUACGGAGGCGACUUCCAUGGUGGCGGCGGUGGAGGUUACGAUAUUCACGGUUGAUCCUCGCGACGACGAAUCGCGGAGCGGACGCGAGAAACGAACAUCGAGAAGCGUUUUAUCUCUACAAAACGCUUUCACUCCCUCGAUGUUAGAUGAUCGCGUGUUUUUCUCCGAAUUGAGAGAUACUUCUCGUUGAGGAUUAGUUCACCAAUUCUCGAGAAGUAAUCUCUAGAGCUAUACGAAAAAUUAUAAUAGCUUUAAGCAAAGAUCUUUGUUCCGAGAUUAUUAGCGAAUUAGGAGAAAUAUGGAGGUGACAACUACUGUCGCGAUUGACGAGUUUACCGUAUUCUUGUAUUAUAUUUCCGGAAAUCCAGGUAAACGUAGCGGUUAUUCGGCAAUACUUUUAAACUGUACAUUAUGAUAAUAAGUUAAGCGAAAUCGAUUGUUCUAUGGAUUAUGCCCUCUGCGGUAAUGAAACGAAUCCUGUGCGCAUGUUAAUAAAUUAACGUAUUCGAAAUCUAAACAAAUGUAUACUUUUCUAUGCUCUAAAAAGGUGCACAAGUACGUGCAGAUUCCAGCGUACAUUAUUGGCUCACAUUCGCGGCAAUCCGUUACGUCCACGUAUAGUAUUGCUGUGAGGUAUUAUUACCAUAACUUAGAAACGUAAGUAAGUUAAGUAAAAAAAAAAGUUCAUUGUGAAAACAAUAUACGUAUCUUUUUUAUAUCAAAGAUUUAAU